CUGGAGAUGAAACACCUGCCUGGUGCUGACCCCGAGCUUGUGCUCCUCAGCUACCGAUACGAGGAGCUGGAGAGAAUCCCCCUGAGCGACAUGACCCGGGAGGAGAUCAACCAGCUGGUGCAGGAGCUCGGCUUCUACCGCAAGGAGACACCGGAUUCCCCCGUGCCUGAGGAGUUCCAGUUUGCCCCUGCCAGGCCUCUGCCUACCCUGCUGCCCCACCAAGCUCCUGCCACUGACAGCAGGACCCAACCUGAACGUGACAAGGGAGAACACCCGGACCUUUAG